GUUUGCUCAUGAGCCAUGUUUUUUUCCACAGCAGCAGCAGUUGUAGUACUCUCCGUGCUUUCCUUUCAGUUAAAGCUUGGGACUUAAACUUUAGUAUUGUACCAGAGCCAAGGAUCUUUCUAUAGAGCAUGGAUACUAAUCUAGUGCUGCGCUUGGGAAAUCAGGUUUCAAGGGAUAAUUUUUCUGUGCUCUGGAAACAGGAAAAUGUCUUUGUGAAAUUUGAUUUCAAGAUCCGAAAAUUGUAUUUCUUCUUUUCCCAUCUUUCGGUAGAGUACAAGUUUGAAAUCUCCUUUGAGAACAUUUGCAAGAUUGAGCUAUAUUGUCCACGUGAUCAAGCAACAAAGUUUCUUCUCAUUCAGCUACUUCGUUCUCCAAGGAUUUAUGAGAAAGCUGUAUCUACUGGACAUCAUUAUGAGUGGGUCCGAGAAGUUGAUUUCACUCCAUCCUGCUGCAUUGGCCAAUCUUCUGCUCUAUGUUUGGAGCUUCCAAAUAUGCUCUGGCUUCCGAAAUUCCACCGUCAUUUUGUCUAUUAUAAAGAAAAUGAAGAACAACUUGAAUUGAUGGAAGGUUCUCCUUUCUCUUGCAGUUCAAGUCUUGUGCCCAUUGUGAAUCCGCCCAUAGGCUUUGACCUUCCAUAUAAAAUCUUGUUUAAGAUCAACUCCUUAAUUCAGCAUGGAUGUGUACCUGGGCCAGCAAUUGAUGAUGAUUUUUAUCGGUUAGUCGAUCCUAAGAGUACCAAAAUUGAGUUCAUAGAAAGUGCCCUGGACAAGCUGUUUCAUUUAGGAGACUGCUGCUAUGAACCUGUGAGAUUGCUCAAGGAGCAGUUUAAAGGAUAUGCCAAAUCUACGCUACUUCCUAGAGCUCCUGCCAUUUCUUUAUGUGAUGGGCUGGUGUACGUACACAGGGUUAAAGUUACUCCAUCUAAGGUAUACUUCUGUGGUCCAGAGGUGAACCUCUCCAACAGAGUAUUUCGCAAUUAUCUUGAGGAUAUUGAUAACUUUCUGCAUGUUUCUUUUGUCGAUGAGAACUUAGACAAAGUGCGCUCAAUAGCAUUAUCUCCACAUUCAUCAUCCGCAAAUGAGGAUAAGCGAACCAGAGUUUAUGAGAGAAUAAUAUCCACUUUAAGAAAUGGCAUAGUUAUUGGAGAUAAGAAGUUCGAGUUUCUUGCCUUUUCAUCCAAUCAGGUACGAGAUAAUUCUGUUUGGAUGUUUGCUUCAAGAACAGGUCUGACUGCAGCAGAUAUCAGAGAAUGGAUGGGUGAUUUUCAAGAUAUAAGGAAUGUGGCAAUAUAUGGUGCCAGACUGGGUCAGUCUUUUGGCUCUUCUAGAGAAACUGCCAGUGUUGGUAUAGAUGAAAUUGAAGUUAUUCCCGAUGUAGAAGUUAAGAGGGGAGAAGCCACGUAUUGUUUCUCAGAUGGCAUAGGGAAGAUAUCUCAAGAGUUGGCUUGCAAAGUGGCAACAAAGUUAGGCCGCAGUUCUGUUCCAUCAGCAUUUCAGAUUCAAUAUGGUGGGUACGCUGGUGUCGUGGCUGUUGAUCCGACAUCAUCAGUGAAGUUGUCAUUGAGAAAGAGCAUGUUCAAAUACAAAUCACUCAACACAAAACUAGAUGUUUUGGCAUGGAGCAAGUUUCAACCUAGUUUUCUCAAUCCCCAGAUAAUCAUCCUUUUGUCUAACCUCGGGGUUAAGGAUCAAGUUUUUCAGAAAAGGCAAUGGGAGAAUAUAGAUAAACUGAAUGCCAUAUUAACAGAUCCAUGGAUAGCACAGGAGGCACUGGAGAUGAUGUCCUCAGGAGAAAUCACAAUGGUUCUGAAGGAAAUGCUUAUAUGUGAUUACAAGCCAGAUGCAGAACCAUUUCUUUCAAUGAUGCUUCAAACAUUCCGUGCAUCUAAGUUGAUGGACAUAAGGUUUGGAACAAGGAUAUUUGUUCCAAACGGAAGAGUUAUGAUUGGGUGCCUAGAUGAAACCAGGACAUUGGAAUACGGUCAAGUAUUUCUGCAAGUUUCUCGCUUUAGUAGAGAGCUUUGUAACCAGUCGUCGCAUAUGUUUAGUGUCAGCAGCUCAAAUCCAAAUAACUUCAUUUUUGAAGGUGAGGUGAUUGUUGCUAGAAACCCAUGUCUACACCCAGGAGAUGUGCUUGUACUACAAGCUGUUAAUGUGCCAGCUCUACAUCACAUUGUUGAUUGCGUUGUUUUUCCACAAAAGGGAAAGAGAUCUCACCCCAAUGAAUGUUCGAGAAGCAGUUUGGACGGAGAUAAGUACUUUGUCUGUUGGGACCGUGAUCUUAUUCCUCCUCUGCGAAUUCAACCAGCAGAAUAUAUUGCAGCACCAACUAUGCAACUGGAUCAUGAUGUUACGAUAGAGGAAGUAGAGGAGUGUUUCACCAAUUACAUAAUCAAUAACAAUUUAGGAAUCAUCCAAAAUGCCCACACUGUCUUUGCAGAUAGGGAGCCCCGUAGUGCAAUGAGCCAUAAAUGUUUGGAACUUGCUGAGCUACACUCAAUUGCCGUUGACUUCCCAAAAACUGGUGUUGUAGCCAAAAUACCACCUCAUCUAUGUGUCAACGAGUAUCCCGAUUUCAUGGAAAAGCCUGAAAAAUGGACCUACAGAUCAACAUGUAUCCUAGGAAAGCUUUUUCGCGAAGCAAAAUACAUUGAACUGCCCACGAGUCCUACGGAAUCCUUCACUUUGGAAAUAGCAAAACAGUGUUACGACCCUGACAUGGAAGUAGACGGCUUUGAGGACUACCUCAGUGAUGCUUUCAAAUACAAAAGUGACUAUGAUUACAAGUUGGGGAAUUUGAUGGACUAUUAUGGGAUCAAAACUGAAGCUGAAAUAUUUAGUGGCAACAUUUUGAAAAUUCCAGACCAUCUUGAUAGGAAGGGAAUUACAGAUGCAAUUAAAUAUGCUAUGUAUUCCCUAAAAAUGGAAGCCAGGACCUGGUUUAAUGAGGGAGAUGAUUCUAACACUUAUAAUGCAAAAGCAAAAGCAUCAGCGUGGUAUCAUGUCACAUAUCAUCAUACUUACUGGGGUCGCUACAAUGAGGGAAUGGAUAGGGCUCAUUUCCUUAGUUUUCCAUGGUGUGUCUAUGACAAGCUUCUGCAAAUCAAGAAGGAUACAGGGAGCAUAAACUCUUCACUUCUGUCAUCGCCAGACCAUCAACUCAGUCAACUUAUCUGAAUAUGAAAGCAGUGUGAUAUUACUACUAUUUUACCUUUGAUUAGUAUUGUUACUGGUAUUUGCCUGUUAAACAGCUCCAGGCAGAUUUUUGGGGCUGGAAAUAUGUUGUAAUUCCUAUCUUACUUAAACAGAUCUCCGGGUAUGUAUUUUGUCAUUAAUUCUGCAAUAUAUAAGAAUAUAA